AUCAGUUAUAAGAUUUCUCUUUGAAUGGCGGUGACUUGAAACUGUGAGAACGGUUCCGUAACUUCGGUGUAACGACAAUGAUUUUAGAGGAAUCAAGAUCAUGAAUCCAAUACAGGACUCUGAAAAGUUGGUCGGUGGUCGCAAAGACAGUAACAUCAGGCGACCUGUACCCAAGUAUCAGCAUUACAUUGAUCACUUUGAGGAACUCUACAGACAAAGUCCUCUCGCAAAGGUGAUGGGCCAAAAUGCUUCGAGUUCCAUUCCAUCAAAACGCAAUGCUGACAAUUCCAUAUCAAGCAACACAUCUGGCUCUUUCAAGGUUCCGCUUGUGUCCCCGAUGCUCAAGCCCAAACCUGUGCCAGCAUUGGUGGGUGCUUUCAUCAUGUCUCCCGUGGCGCAUCUCAUCCAACAGAUGCAGUCAACGGGAGGAGUCGCACAGAAAGAUGGUGAGAAAGAGCAUGCAUCUACCAGCCAUGUUGAGAUGAUGCCUCCAGAGAGUAUUGAGAAUGAAGACUGGCAUGAUUCAGAGAGGAAUGAUGUAGUCCAAAGGGAGCAGAGACUGGUGCCUGGUGGAACACUUUCAUGCUUCCAGCCUGAACAUGGUCAAGAAGUGGAGUCUUCAGAAGUUGCUGAUACUGCAGUGUCGUCAACAGAGGCGGAAGAAGAGGACGACGCAUCACUCUACACUGAUGUCCCAAACGUGAAGGAUGUCACGGAUGAGAUGGAUGGAGAGAUGGAACCAAUGGAGAAAGUAGAAGAUACUGAAAUAAAAGGCUCAGAUCCAGACUCCUGUGAUAAACCAAUUCUUGAAGCAUCUCCUUUGGGAUCCGUCUCAAAAGCAAGAGAAAAGAGAAAGUCGUUAAGGAGGAAAGCCGUGAAGUCGACCAGUGAUCUGGAGCAUAGUAACAUCGACAGCUGUGAUGACGUAGCCAAACUAGCCGGGAAGACAGUGACUGACCUGGACCAAUGGAUCAUAAAAUGGCUUGGAUCAGGAUUAAAGCACAUAGCUGUGGAGGGGCAUAGAUUAGAAGAUCCAGAGGGAUCAUUUUGGCACAGUACAGCCAUUAUCAAACGGAACUCCUCCUGCCUUGUGGAAACCUCCUCGGGAUCAAGAUAUAGUCUCCACGGCAACAUCAACAAACUGUUGGCAAGGGAUCAAGGGUUUUCUAAGAAGUUUUUACGUCGCUUUCAGAAGGGUUUUCCUGCUAAAUGGAAAGCGUACUUAGUGGAAGAGGCAAUGGAGCAAUCUGGCAAGAAAGUAGAAGUGACUGUGCCAGAGUCAACGGACAUAGGGACAGCGAAGGCAUCUAAUACUCCUGUCAUCAACGGUGGGAGACUUGCCACACACAAAGUGCUCAGUACUCUGAAGAAAGAAAAACGGCCUGCUGUGACGAAAACUCCGAGUAACGAUUCAGAAACAACUCCAGUGUCGAGAAGGAGAGAGGCUGUAGUUGUCACGCCCUCUUUUGUCAGCGUGGAGGAGGUACGAACCACAAGGAGUGGACGAAAGGUCCUCCCACCCCUCGAAUAUUGGAGAGGCCAGAGACAACGCACCCUGCUGUACAUGGAAGGUGCUGCAGAGCUCCUAGAAGGAUCCAUUGACCAUACUCCUGUGUCAGCUACACGUCUUGGUGUCAAAGGCUCCAUUGACAUAUCACAGAGAGCAAAAAGGCUGGUUACUAGAAAGAAGAACCCCAGGAGCAGGAAGCGAGCAGAAAAGUCAAAGAACACAACUUCACAGAGAGAGAGUAGUUUUGAGGAGAGUGAAAGUGAGGAUGACCCGCUGGACAGGAUGCAAAAGAGAGUUGUUAAUGCAAGAACUGAGAGAAAUUCAGACACAUCCAAUACAAUGAAAGCAGGCGGUGAAGAAUGCAGCCUCGAUGCAUUGCCAGAGCAGGGAAGUUUUCGAAGAUCACCCAGGAAGUCUUUAGACACCUUCCCCAAAAAGUCUUUAGACACCUCCGACCAUCAGAAGUCACGGGACACGCCUAGAUCUCUGAGUCAAACAAGUGUCUGUGAUGCCGUAGACGUAUCACCUCCAGUCAGUGGAGUCGGAGGGGACGCAACUAACAAGAGCAGCCAGCCCUAUGAUCUGUACAGUGAGGUCAUGGGAGUCGUGAAGGAGAAUCGGCAACGCAGGAUAUCAAAUCAGAGCAGAAGGCGACGCUCGCGUGAGGCCAAUAGGAGUUCCUCAUCGGCACCGGAGCAAGGGGAAGAGAACUUCAACAUCAGCGAUGAUGAAGACUUUAAGAAUAAAGACUCUGCUUCUGCUACUGAAGGAGAUAAUAAGAAUAGCUCCUUGUCAAGGAAACCAAAAGGCUCUCCUGUACCUAGCACAAGUAACAAAAGCAUCUCCAAGCACAAACGGAAAGUAUCCUCUAAAGCUAAUGAGAGAGUGCUGCUUGGUUCAAAUAUGGUUGCAUGUGUCGUUUUGGAGAAAAAUGAACACUCUGAUUUAAAUGCAGGGGUGAAAAUCAAAGGUAGCUCUGGAUCAGGGAAACAAGACAAAGCUGAACAAGCAACAAAGAAAAAGACGAAAGAAGCACCACCUAAGUCUCGGAUUUCAAAGAGAAUUCAGGAAUCGAAUGAGAAAUGGAAACCUGAUGAACUUCAUCGUUUGCACAGAGCUUUGAAGAUAAUCCCACCAAGCUCCAGGCAGUUCUGGCAUCGGGUGGCAUCUUCUGUUGGAACCCGGACAGAAUGGGAAUGUCAGCAAGAGCAUCAGGCCAAGCUGGAGGAGGCUACCAAGGCAUCCAACCAGUCUAAGGGUACCACUAAGGGUACCACAAAGGAUAACAAAGAGUCCAACCAAGGAGCAAAAGAGCCUGUUGCCCUAACUGCUGCCAAGGGUACAAUGAAACGAAAGAGGCAACUCAGAGAACUCAUCCAGCAGCACAACCAGGCAUCUGAAGAGGAUCUAUUUGAUUCAACUCCAUUCAAGAAACAGAGGAAGACCACAAAGCCCUUGUUAAAUCUUGACCUGGCAGAGGAAGAGGAAGAAGAGGAUGAUGACGAAGGAAUGCAGGCCAAGACUCCAGGCUCCGCCCGUUUGAAGACGCCCAGUACACGAUUCCACAAUCUUCUGGCACCCCUUUCCGGGAAGAGGACUCCCCAUUCCUCUGCAAUAAUAAGCCCUGGGCUCUUGAAUUCCGUAGAAAAGAAACACAUGGAUAAGUAUAUCUUUGGCAUGCAGAAGAAAAGAGCCAGUCGACGGGGGAAGAACGUUCCAGAGACUACACACAAUGUCAGUCCACCUCUCAAGGUAAGGCAGAGGCAGUUGAAAACCCAGACCAUGGCCAUGACUCCGACCAUAUCCGAAGCAUUCCAGGUCGACCCCGUCCAAGGCACGGAUUCUGACGAAGACGAAGGAGACUACUACUGGUCUGACGAGGAAAACAAUUCAGCACCAAACAGCAAGAAACAUUAGAACCGAAUGGAUUUUGAAAGCAAACGUUGGUUAUUUGGCAUAUCUUGCAGGGCAUAUUUUGGGCAUUUUGAGGCUAAAACGCAUUUGCUGUGCCUCUCUCAAAAUGACAUAGUUCAAGACCACUGGAGUCAUGCCCUGGUACGGGCCUUAUGUGGUUCAAAAGUGGCCUACCCCUAUAAAUAAUGCCAUUCAUGCUGUCUAAGGUGCUAGUAGGAAGGUGUGCAUAAUAUUCUCUCAAUAAAACAAUAAAUUCAUUUUAUUUUGGAAAGUAAAUGCAAAUGCUUUCUUAAGUACAAGAAAGAUAAAAAUAGCUGAGGUGCUAAUGCACUGUUCCACUCUGCACUUUCUGUGUAUUUUUUUUGAAGCUUAAUGUGAAUAAUGACUUUUAGGAUUUAUGACAUUUAUGUAUUUAUACUUAUUUGUAUAUACAGUUUUUUGUAACUUUCCUAAUUUUGAUUUUAUAAGCAAUCAUGAACUAAGUUUCAAGAAGCAAAUAAUUCAUUUUCACUUUUAUUUUUAUAUUGUCAAAUGCAAUUUUGAAUUUUGCAGGGGUACAAAUUUCACAGUUCAAGCUACUAGUGGAAAUAUAUAAAGCUAUCUUGUAAAAUAAAUUUAAGUUAUUGGUAAAAUCUGAAGGCUGUGACAUAGAAAGGGUUAAUUUAUCAGCUUUGACCACCUUGAAAAUUGUAUGAUAUCCUGGAUAAUUUUUAUUGAAGGAAUGCCCACAUGAGAUUUUUUUUGUUAAGUUCUGAGUAUCUGAAUUGGCCAUUCUAGUUUGUUGUUCAAGCAGAACUAUUGCCAAUUAAAGGGCUUCUGGUUGUGUAUAUAGCAGAAUGAUGCAUGUGUACCAACAGUAUACAGUAUUGCACCUAUUGUAUAUAGUAUUGCUUAUGUUAUGAAAUCCUUGCUCUCAUAUUUUAGAGACAAUAUACAUUACUAUUUAAUAAUAUGUGUUUUUAUAUUUUUAUUCUUUUAA